GAAAGCCAAAAAAACAAAUAGAAAAUCAAACUAGGCAAAGCAUGCAUAUACGCUCAAGAUUCCACGAUAUAUAUAUACUUUUUUGCUCCAUGCAAUCUCACUCUUCCCUACUCCGAAUAUUUUCUUGGCUUCUCUCAAAAUGUCAGAAAUUAUUGUUGCAGACCCCAUAAAUGAUGAUCCAAAUCAAGCCAGCACCAGCAGAAGAGCUUACGCUACAGAUGAUUCACGCUCUUUCACGAGAUCGCUCACUUUUGGGCGUGAUCAUGUCACUGAGCCCUUUGAUAGUGAGAAGUUGCCUGUCACUUUGGUUUCAGAGAUCCAAAGAUUUCUUCGUGUUGCCAAUUUGAUUGAGAUUGACGAGCCCCGGGUUGCUUAUCUCUGCCGUUUUCAUGCCUUUGAAGUGGCACAUAACUUGGACAGAAAUUCAAGUGGCCGGGGGGUUCGACAGUUCAAAACUUCUCUUCUUCAGCGGCUUGAACAGGAUGAAGAAGUCACAAUUAGGAAAAGGAAGGAAAAGAGUGAUUUACGUGAACUACGACGUGUAUAUCGACAGUACAAAGACUACAUCAUCAAGCAUGGCGCAGGAGAAUAUACGUUGGAAACUAGAGAAAAGUUGAUGAAAGCUCGUGCAAUUGCAUCUGUUCUAUUUGAAGUACUGAGCACAGUCACUUCAGCAGCAGGUUCCCAGGCCCUUGCUGAUGCUGAUAAUUCGAGAUCUGAAUUCUAUGUGCCUUAUAACAUUCUCCCUCUCGAUCAGGGAGGUGCUCAUCAACCGAUAAGGCAACUUCCUGAGAUCAAAUAUGCAAUAGCUGCUGUACGCAAUGUCCGAGGUCUGCCUUUCUUGGAAGAUUUUCAGAGGCGCAUGCCAGAUAUGGAUAUGCUCGACUGGCUUCAGUUCUGCUUUGGAUUUCAGAACGGAAACAUAGCCAACCAGAGGGAGCAUUUAAUCCUUCUACUUGCCAAUGCCCAUGUUCGUCACUCUCAUAAACAAGCACCAAAGUUAGGGGAGGGAGCUGUGGAUGAACUGAUGAAGAAAUUCUUUAAAAACUAUACAGAGUGGUGCAAGUUUCUUAACAGAAAAAGUAACAUCAGGUUGCCAUAUUUGAAACAGGAAGCCCUACAGUAUAAACUUCUAUAUGUUGCACUUUAUUGCUUAAUAUGGGGAGAAGCAGCAAACUUAAGGUUUAUGCCGGAAUGUCUCUGUUACAUAUUUCACCAUAUGGCAAGUGAACUGCACGGCAUGUUGACAGGUGCAGUGAGUUUAGAAACUGGAGAAGUAGUCAAGCCCGCAUAUGGAGGAGGACACGAAUCUUUCCUAAGACAUGUUGUUUCCCCAAUCUACAAGGUUAUAUGGGAGGAAGCUAUGAAAAACAGAAACGGGACGACUGAUCAUUCAACAUGGAGGAACUAUGACGACUUAAAUGAAUAUUUCUGGUCUCCAGAUUGCUUCGAGAUAGGUUGGCCAAUGCGUCUGGAUCAUGAUUUCUUUUACACAAACCCUUCAAAUGAUAGAAAAAAGAAGAAACCCCGAACACCAGACAAGACUCCUGAAGAGGAGAAAAGCAAUGACAAUGAAGACGAAGAGAUGGGAGCACCUGUAAAUGAAGUGAAGGAACCACAGUGGUUAGGGAAGACAAAUUUUGUUGAAAUCCGUUCAUUUUGGCAGAUUUUUAGAAGCUUUGAUAGAAUGUGGAGCUUCCUUAUUUUGUCACUUCAGGCAAUGAUAAUAGUGGCAUCCCAUGAUCUAGAAUCUCCUUUACAAUUUUUUGAAGCAUCCGUACUCGAGGAUGUUAUGAGCAUCUUCAUCACUUCAGCAGUUCUUAAAUUUAUCCAAGCGAUCCUUGAUGUUGUCUUCACGUGGAAAGCUAGAUGCACGAUAGACCAUAAUCAUCAUCGUAGAGAUUUGCUGAAGAUACUGGGGGCAAUGAUAUGGACAAUUGUUCUCCCUAUAUACUACUCUACUUCUAGAAGAAAAUAUAGGUGUUAUUCUACUCAAGAAGGGAGCUGGCUUGGCGAUUGGUGCUAUUCUUCCUAUAUGGUAGCAGUUGCAUUCUAUUUGAUUACCAAUGGAGUCAACAUGGUCCUCUUUCUCGUGCCUGCAGUUGGAAAAUAUAUCGAGACCUCAAAUACUCGAAUAUGUACAGUUUUCUCUUGGUUGGCUCAGCCUAGAUUAUACAUCGGAAGAGGAAUGCAAGAGAGCCAAGUAUCUCUGCUUAAGUACACUUUUUUUUGGGUGCUGUUACUACUAAGCAAAUUCACAUUCAGCUACACGUUUGAGAUAAAACCUCUCAUAAAACCAACGAGGCAGAUCAUGAGGAUCGGGGUUAAAAACUAUGAUUGGCAUGAGCUUUUUCCUAAAGUGAAGAGCAAUGCUGGCGCCAUUGCAGCGAUUUGGUCUCCUAUUAUCCUUGUGUAUUUCAUGGAUAUACAAAUAUGGUAUUCUGUUUACUGCUCUGUCUUUGGUGGAGUUUAUGGAAUUCUGCACCAUCUUGGUGAAAUUCGUACACAGGGAAUGCUGCGGAGUAAAUUUGACACUUUGCACUUGGCAUUCAAUGAUUGGCUUAUACCACCCCCGGCUAAAGGCUAUAAAGACGGAAUCAGAAUGUGGCUUUGCCAGCCAGGGCUUCUGAAGGCUUUAGAGAAAAAGAAGGGCGGAGUUCUGAAGUUUGCUCUUGUGUGGAACCAAAUUAUUAGUAGCUUUCGAGAGGAGGACCUGAUUAGUAACAGGGAAAUGGAUUUAAUGAAAAUACCUCUUUCAUCGGAAUUACUUAAUAAUAAAGUCAGGUGGCCUGUUUUUCUCUUAGCAAAUAAGUUCUCAACAGCUCUAAGCAUUGCUAGAGAUUUUGUGGGAACAUACGACGGUCUCUUGAAAAAGAUUAGAAGGGACAAGUACAUGUACAUGGUUGUAAUUGAAUGUUACGAAUCACUUAAAGAGAUCUUUGAUAUCCUCGUGGUGGGCGACACAGAGAGAAGAGUCAUAUUUGGUGUGAUUGAUGAAAUUGAGGAAAGCAUUGGAAAAGCAUCACUUCUUCAGGACCUCCGCAUGAGUGAGUUACCGACUUUAGUUUCUCUCUGCACUGACUUGAUCAAGCUACUGGUUAAAGGUGAUGAAAAUCAUCAUUAUAGAGUUGUGAAGACACUACAGGACAUGCUUGAACUUGUAACAAACGAUUUGCUCAUAAAUGGCUCCAGAACGUUGGAUUUGCUCCAACAUGAACAGCAACUUGAGGGAGUCAGAACUAAAUUCUUCGACCGUCUUGACCCAGAAUUAUUUGCUUCGGUGCAUUCCAUUCAUUUCCCUUUACCGGAUUCAGGUCCUUUAAUGGAAAAGAUUAAGCGCUUUCGUUUGUUGCUUACUGUCAAAGAUACGGCAAUGUAUAUACCAUCAAACCUGGAAGCUCGAAGACGGAUAUCAUUUUUUGCUACUUCUCUAUUUAUGAAUAUGCCUAGAGCUCCAAAAGUUCGCAAUAUGUUGUCAUUCAGCGUUUUGACUCCACACUUCAUGGAAGAAGUCAAGUUCUCGAAGAGAGAGCUUCACUCCAGCAAAGAAGGAGUUUCCAUUAGCUUUUAUAUGCAAAGGAUAUUUCCAGAUGAGUGGGAAAAUUUUCUGGAACGCCUGGGAAAUGAAAAUGCAGAUGACAUGAGUGAGGAUGUGAAUGAGGAAGAUCUAAGAGACUGGGCCUCGUUUCGAGGGCAAACUCUAAGCAGGACUGUUCGAGGAAUGAUGUAUUACCGAAAAGCACUAAAGUUACAAGCUUUUCUUGACAUGGCUGAGGAUGAUGAUAUUCUUCAAAAUUAUGAAGCGAUUGAUAGGGCAAACGACACAUUAUCAGCGCAACUUGAUGCACUAGUAGACGUGAAAUUUACUCACGUUGUUUCAUGUCAAAUGUUUGGAGCACAAAAAUCCUCGGGUGACCCUCAGGCUCAAGACAUACUUGACUUAAUGAUAAGGUAUCCAUCCUUGCGUGUUGCUUAUGUCGAGGAGAAAGAAAAUUUUGAGGCGGAAGGGCCUCCUAAAGUUUAUUCUUCUAUCCUUGUCAAAGCUGUUAAUGGUUUUGACCAGGAAAUCUAUCGAAUAAAGCUACCAGGACCUCCAAAUAUUGGGGAAGGAAAACCUGAAAAUCAAAAUCAUGCUAUAAUUUUCACGCGUGGUGAAGCUCUUCAAGCGAUUGAUAUGAACCAAGAUAACUAUCUCGAGGAAGCUCUCAAGAUGAGAAAUUUGUUGCAAGAAUUUCUACGACCUCAAAGAAGGAGCCCACCGACCAUUAUUGGCAUGAGGGAACACAUAUUUACAGGAAGUGUUUCUUCUUUGGGAUGGUUCAUGUCAUAUCAAGAGACCAGCUUUGUGACAAUUGGUCAAAGACUUCUAGCAAAUCCGCUCAGAGUAAGAUUCCAUUACGGACAUCCAGAUUUAUUCGACCGUAUAUUUCACUUGACUAGAGGCGGCAUAAGCAAGGCAUCGAAGACCAUAAACUUAAGUGAAGAUGUAUUUGCAGGAUUCAAUACCACGCUACGUCGAGGACAUGUUACAUAUCAUGAAUACAUGCAAGUUGGCAAAGGCCGCGAUGUUGGACUUAACCAAAUCUCAAAGUUUGAAGCCAAAGUGGCUAAUGGGAACAGUGAGCAAACUCUUAGCCGCGAUAUAUACCGCCUUGGACGCCGCUUUGACUUCUUCCGGAUGCUUUCUGUUUACUUUACAACUGUUGGCUUCUAUUUUAACAGCCUGAUAUCCGUAAUUGGAGUGUACGUGUUCCUGUACGGACAGCUUUACCUCGUUCUUAGUGGUCUUCAGAGAGCUCUUCUGCUCGAGGCUAAAGUGAAGAACAUAAAAUCUCUGGAAACAGCAUUGGCCUCUCAAUCAUUUAUACAGCUUGGGCUGUUAACAGGUUUGCCAAUGGUGAUAGAGCUAGGAUUGGAGAGAGGUUUCCUCAACGCCCUCAAAGAUUUCGUGCUGAUGCAACUACAGUUAGCUUCGGUUUUCUUUACAUUCUCUUAUGGAACAAAAGCUCAUUACUAUGGUAGAACUAUUCUGCACGGGGGAGCAAAAUACAGACCAACUGGGCGCAAGGUGGUGGUGUUCCACUCGAGCUUUACAGAGAACUACAGGUUGUAUUCACGGAGCCACUUUGUGAAGGGAUUCGAGCUCCUUCUUCUGCUGAUCGUGUAUGAUCUAUUUAGACGGUCGUACCAAAGCAGCACGGCCUAUGCAUUGAUAACAUAUGCAAUCUGGUUCAUGUCACUGACAUGGCUGUUUGCACCUUUUCUGUUUAAUCCAUCUGGAUUCGACUGGGGCAAGAUUGUGGAUGAUUGGAAAGACUGGAACAAGUGGAUCAAGCAGCAGGGUGGGAUCGGUAUCCCACAAGAUAAAAGCUGGCAGUCGUGGUGGAUCGAGGAGCAAGCUCAUCUCAUGCAUUGUGGGAUCACGUCUCGCUUCAUUGAGUUCAUUCUUUCCAUCAGAUUCUUCCUUUACCAAUAUGGUUUGGUCUAUCACCUUGAUAUAUCUCGGCACAACAAAACCUUCGUCGUCUAUGUCCUCUCAUGGAUUGUCUUUGUUAUCAUUUUCCUCCUACUCAAGAUAAUCAAUGUGGGGAGGAAGUAUCUGAGUGCUGAUCAUCACCUGGCAUUCCGGCUAUUCAAGGCCUUCAUUUUCAUGGGAGUAGUGGCGACAAUUGUGACUCUCUCUCUCAUCUGCCAUCUAUCCAUGAGGGAUCUGAUUGUUUGUUGCUUAGCCUUUCUACCUACUGGCUGGGGCAUGAUACUGGUUGCACAAACGGUGAGACCUAAGAUUGAGGGCACCGGGUUGUGGCACUUCGUGAGGGUGUUCGCUCGGGCGUAUGAUUAUGGGAUGGGCGUCAUCCUCAUCGCGCCUCUCUCAGUCCUGGCCUGGCUCCCGAUUAUAUCAGCUUUCCAGACGCGUUUCCUCUUCAACGAGGCCUUCAGUCGGAGGCUGCAGAUUCAGCCCAUUCUUGCUGGGAAGAAGAAGCACCAGUCCUGAUUCUUCUGCACCAUUCAUUCAUCUGCAUGUAAAUAACAUGAUAUUUGCAGACAAUACACACUGUAUAUUUCUUCAUGUAUAGCAACUUAGUGUAGCCUUGUAGGUGAUCAUUUUUCCUUUAUAGAAGAUGAGAAACAGUUUUACUUUCUUUAAUAAUUCCAUUCUUUGAUGAUUUUCAUCU